AUGCCUUGCAACUGCUUCAUCGUUCCACCUCACCUCCUCAAGGGAAUUGCGCAGUCGCCGCAAAACAGCGAAGGAGUUCGCCAAUCCGCCCGCAAGUGCCUUGAAUUCCAUGAACAAGUCAUUGAUAGUCGUCGCGAGCGCCUAGCUGCUUCCACUCACUCCACCGGCACGGCAAGAUGGGGUUCUCGCUUCCGACCCUCGCCUUUUGUCCCACAGGUGCUGCUGCAGCAGCUGUCAACAGCUGAAGGCGUAGACGAGAGGAUUCGGGAGCAGGCUAAAAAGGAUUUGGCCCAUGCGCAGCAGCUAAUGACUGCAAAAGCAGAUGAGCAUCGGCCACAGGACCAGUCAAGCUUGAACGUGGACCAAGGAAAAAAGAGCAAUGCUCAUCGAAGUGUCUAUGACGCUCAACACUCUCAGGAUCAGAGUGAUCUACCCGGGAAGCUGGAAAGAUCCGAGGGCCAGCCAAAGGCCAACGACAAGGCUGUCAACGAAGCCUACGACCACGUUGGAGCGGUGCUAGACUUUUACAGGGACAAGUUCAAAUGGAGCUCCAUUGACAACGAAAACUGCGACGUCAUCUCGUCCGUCCACUUUGGCGAGGAGUAUGAGAAUGCAUUCUGGGAUCCGGAGCACCUGCAGAUGGUCUUUGGUGACGGAGGAGAGUUUCUCAACAACUUUACCAACUGCAUUGAUGUCAUCGGGCAUGAACUGACGCACGCCAUCACCGAGCACACCAGCCCUCUUGAAUACCGGGACCAGGCAGGAGCCUUGAACGAGCACGUUUCGGACGUUUUUGGCAUCAUGAUAAAGCAGAAGACGGAGAAUAAAACGGCGCAGGAGGCAGACUGGCUCGUGGGCGAGGGCUGUCUUUUGCCUGACGUCGAGGGCGUGGCUCUCCGGAGCAUGAAAGCCCCCGGAACUGCCUAUGACGAUGCACGUUUCGGCAAGGAUCCACAGGUUGAAAACAUGUCGGGAUAUGAAAAGAGCUACGAGGACAAUGGCGGCGUCCACAUCUACUCGGGCAUCCCCAACAAGGCCUUCUACCUGGCAGCGGUUGCAUUUGGCGGCUACUCUUGGGAGAAGGCGGGACAAAUCUGGUGGAAGACGAUGAAGAGCGGCAAGAUUGCCGCUCGGUGCUCCUUUAGGCAGUUUGCGGAUGUGACUGUGGACUGCGCCCAGGAGGAGUUUGGUGCCGACGCGGCCAAGAUUGUGCGCAAGGCGUGGACCGACGUUGGCGUGACCCAGAGGGUCUAG